UUACAAGCAAACAAACAUGAACUUAGGUUUCUGAAUUUGACAUGUUAUCUUACGGAAGAAGAGCGAGACUACAAAAACGAGGAAAACUAUUCUACUCAUGACAGUGCUGAGACAAUGAUCUAUGCUUAUGUAGAUACGCAUCCUACAGUAGCUGAUUUGAUUUGGAAAAAGCGACAACUGAAGCAAUCUGAAUUUCUGAGCCUA